AUGGCUUCCCACGAACUUCCUGAUCGGCCAGUCCGGAUCAUGAACAUAUCAGGCUCGCCUGCAGAUCGUCGCGAGGCACUUCUAAACGCAACAAAAUCGGACGAAACCAUCGACGUUGUUGUGGGAGAUUGGAUGUCCGAGUUCAACAUGCCAACCCGUGCUUACGCUGUAACCCAUGACGGUGUUGGCUAUGAAGAGACUUUUCUAGAAGCCCUUGAACCGGCGUUGGAGAAUCUAGCCCAGAAGAAAAUGAAACUGGCAGCCAACGCCGGAACAACUGCAACCAAGCAGCUUUACCAGGUUGUUGUUGAGAUGGUCCAAAAGAAAGGGCUAGAUCUAACAGUUGCUUGGGUUGAGGGAGACGUACUGGACCCAGUACAAGUGACGCAUCAAUCUGAUGGCUCCAUCAAAGACCUUAUCCAUAUUAGCUCAGGACAGAACUUGCAAGAUUGGGGCUACGAACCCUUCUUCGCUCAGUGCUAUCUUGGCGGUAUGGGUAUUUGGAAAGCCCUAGACGCAGGUGCUGACAUUGUCAUCUGUGGCCGUGUCGCCGAUGCAUCCCCCAUCGUCGCUGCUGCCGCUUGGUGGCAUUCAUGGGAGAGGACUGAUUUCGACAAGCUUGCUCAGGCUCUCAUGGCGGGGCACUUGAUUGAGUGCUCGACUUAUGUGACUGGUGGAAACUUCACUGGUUUCAAAAGCCUGGACUGGUCUGGCAUCACUGAUAUGGGCUACCCCAUCGCUGAAAUCGCUUAUGAUGGUGAUGUCGUGAUCACCAAGCCACAGGGGACAGGCGGCAUCGUCAGCGUGGAAACCUGCAAAGAACAGCUGCUCUAUGAGAUUCAGGGCACCUACUACCUGAAUUGUGACGUCACAGCAAUCAUCGAUCAAGUUCAAUUUGCCGAGAUUGGGCAAAAUAGGGUGCGGAUGUCUGGUGUACGUGGACAAGCGCCGCCGAGCACGACUAAAGUUGGUCUCACCGCUCACGGCGGGUACAGAUCAGAACUGCACUGGGCUGUGGUUGGUUUAGACAUUGAGGAAAAGGUAAGGAUGCUGGAAACCCAGGUCAGGGCUAGUUACGGGGAAAAGAUGGCAAUGUUCUCCAACUUCAGCUUCCAGCUGUACGGGUCUGUGCCUCAACAUCCCGAAACUCAAGAUGCUGCAACACUUCAUCUACGGAUUGUAGCAGAGGCCAAGAGCUCGGAAGCCUUUACACCUAAGAACUUUGCUCGACCAACCUUUGAUAUUAUUAUGAACACCUUUCCCGCGGCAACGAUGACUCUACGGACACCAGUUGUUUCUCCUUUCCAAGAGUAUUUCCCGACCCUUAUCCCACAGCCAACGGUCACAGUUCACUUCUCCCAGCCAGACAAGAAAGACAUCGAGGUUACGCCUGCAGAAGUCGUGCUGAAGGGUCCGGUCCAGCAACCAACAUAUGAAGCGAUAGCUCCUCUCCCACUCAGCACGUUCGGAGUAACCACUCAAGCUCCAUUGGGACAUGUAGUUUUGGGUAGAGCUGGCGACAAAGGCUCGAACUGCAAUGUUGGCUUCUUCGUACGGAAUGCGGAUGAGUGGUCUUGGUUGCAAAGUCUCCUGAGCACAGAGAAAUUUAUUGAGCUUAUGGGAAAGGACUACAAGGGCCAAAAGAUUGAUCGUAUGGAGUUCCCGCACCUCUGGGCAGUGCAUUUCCUACUUCACAACCAUCUUGACCGGGGAGUAUGCGCAAACUCUACUUAUGACACGCUUGGGAAGUUUUUGUGUGAGUACAUCAGAUGCAAGACUGUUGAUGUUCCAGUGACAUUUUUGGAGAGGGGUAAAGUGUAA